AUGCAGACCCAGCUCAAACAUAAAAAACGGUAUGAAAUUAUACAUGGAGUGGAGAACGGAGGCAUAGCUGCAGAGAUGAGAGAGCUGGAUGAGGACAACAGUCAACAGAGGGAGAGCCAGAUUGGGAAUUUCUUUUCCUCUUUCAUUGCGAAGUUUUCUUCAAGUUUCCAAGAGAAGGAGAAAAUAGGUACUGAAAUAGGAGACCGGCGACCCCAGAUGAUCUCGACUCUUGGACUGUCAAAUUUCUUUCAUAUUGUAGUUCUUGGAAGUAACUGUGAACAUGCUAAACUAUUCUCAGACACCUAUUUGAAGGCAUUUGAAAUUCUCAAUGUCUCCAAGGAUAACACAUUUGUAUUUAAGGUUUGA